AGUCGCAGUUUUAUGACGUCACACCACAACAGGAGCUCCGUCGCGGCUCCGACAGAGAAUCUGGAGAUUAAACGGUUCAACUGUCGAUUGUCAAACACGAGGACACACAACGUGAAGGUAACGGUGGACUCUCCUGUCUCCUAGGUAACGGCAUCAUGGUGGAGGUGGGGAGUGGACCAGGGUGGGUGUGUGAUGGGGGACAACUGAGUGACAUCCUGCAUCCUGUCCAGGACAGAGUGGACGUCAGUGAGCUCGAGGAGACCAGCACAGAUCCGGUUCUACUGAGACAGGUGGACCAGACGUGUCCCUGCGUCCUGACACUGCGCUGUCCCCCCCACUCCUCCAUCAGCCGCCUGGUCCUCCUCAGCCAGGCCCCCACCAUGGAGGUCUACGACCACACGGGCCAGUACUGUGGGACGGUGAGGGGGGACAGGACGGGGGACAGGACGGGGGACCACGGAGACCACACACACAGUCCAGAGGGACGUCCUUUCUAUGAGAAGCAGCUGGUCCUGAGACAUCCGUCCUCGUCCUGUGAGGUGAAGCUGCUGUCUCUCGCCGGUAGGACCAGGGUGUUGCUGAGUCGAGUUGUUGUCGGUGUCCAGUCCUGUCCCGUGUCUCAGGGUCCCGGCAUUGACAUGGGACAGGUCCAGAGUCUGGUGGAAGACAUGGGGACCAGUCUGUCCCCGGGGGCCCAGAACCUGAUGGACAUGGUCCAGUUCCAGCAGAAGAACCAGACGUCCUCUCUGGAAGGUUUCCUGCCUCUGCUGAUGGGAGCUGGAGCUGCACUGAGCAGAGGACGGUCGUCUUGUCCUCAUCCUCCAGCUGAUCGUCCUCCAGCUGAUCGUCCUCCAGCUGAUUGUCCUCCAGUCUCCAUGUCUCCAGAGGAGGACACGUCCUCGUCCCCUGCCGUCCCCAGUGAGGACAUCACAUCUCAGCACGGUGGCCCCAUAAGCUCCGCCCACCUGUCCGGCAUGAUGUCACAACUCCUGAGCUCCACCCACCAGGCGCAGCUACUGCCCAUGCUCCAGAGCGUCUGUGGUCAGGUGACCCAGCUGAGACUGGACGAGGCCCAGAAGAAGGACAACGAGUCCUGGGAUCUGGUCUGGAUGGAGCGGCGUCUGGAGGAGAUGGAGCGGAGGCUGAAGGAGCACAUGGACCGACGCCUGGACGCCCUGGAGCACAAGCUGGAGCAGGUCCUGCUGAGGUCCCUGAACCACGGGGUGGACCACGGAGCAGGAGCAGGAGGAGGAGGAGGAGGAGGAGGAGCAGGAGCAGGAGGAGGAGGAGGAGCAGGAGGAGCAGGAGGAGCCUCUGAAGAACCACAGACAGACUAACUGUCAACCUCAGAGACAUGAAGACCAGACUGGUUCUGAUCCCAGAGAAGAACAGAAACAUGUAACAGACCUGCAGUGACUGAUUAACUGAUUAAUGACCCACAUCUGGUCCUGGUCCUGGUCCUGGUCCUGGUCCUGAUCCUGGUCCAGACUCUGUGGACUGUAACUGUCACUAAUGACUGAUGAUCAGUAAUUUCAUUGAUUAACUAACGUCCUCAGAGAUCUGGUACCAGACCAAUAACCAGCAAACUGUCUCACGCUGGUCCUUGUGCUGGUCCAGCCUCUGAUCCAGGUGCUGGUCCAGGUGCUGGUCCAGAGUCUAGUCCAGAUUCUGGUCCAGGUGCUGGUCCAGAGUCUGAUCCAGAGUCUGGUCCAGGUUCUGGUCCAGGUGCUGGUCCACACUCUGUGGACUGUAACUGCUGCUAACUGUAACUGGUCUGUCCUUAUGAAACUUUUAAUAAACUUGUUAAAGUUCUGGUCCCUGUUCCCCCGGUUACCGGGGACAGUGUCUCUGGUAACCGUGGCGACCAGUGGCGGUUCAGUUCAGGUUCUGUUCAGAGACUGAUCCAUGAACUGGAUGCUCAGAGGUGACGGACGUGUCCAGUUUAUUAGGUACACUAGUGUUCAAACUAAAAUAAAAAUAAAAAUGUGAAAUGUGA